AUGUGUGUAACUUCCUCCUGAACUUCCUUUUCACCGUAGCAAGACGAGAGGGACAAGCUACCGAGAUGAGUAAGGUCUCCAGAGAUACGUUGUAUGAAGCCGUGAAGGAGGUCCUGCAGGGCUCCUUGACCAAGCCAAGAAAGUUUGUUGAGACGGUGGAGCUGCAGAUCAGCCUGAAAAACUAUGAUCCCCAGAAGGACAAGCGUUUCUCCGGAACAGUCAGGCUGAAGACUCUGCCCAGGCCAAAGUUCUCAGUGUGCGUCCUGGGAGACCAGCAGCACUGUGAUGAGGCCAAAGCUGCCGACAUGCCACACAUGGACAUCGAGGCCCUCAAGAAGCUCAACAAGAACAAAAAGCUGGUCAAGAAGCUUGCCAAGAAAUAUGACGCCUUCCUGGCCUCUGAGUCUCUGAUUAAGCAGAUCCCUCGUAUCCUGGGCCCUGGGCUGAACAAGGCUGGCAAGUUCCCCUCCCUGCUCACCCACAAUGAGAACCUGAAUACCAAGGUGGACGAGGUCAAAUCCACCAUCAAAUUCCAGAUGAAGAAGGUGCUCUGUCUGGCUGUGGCUGUAGGACAUGUGAAGAUGAGUGAGGAUGAGCUGGUUUACAACAUCCACCUGGCCGUCAACUUCCUUGUGUCUCUGCUGAAGAAGAACUGGCAGAAUGUGCGAGCCCUGUACGUGAAGAGCACCAUGGGCAAACCACAGCGCCUCUACUAAACUACAACUUUUCUAUUAAUAAAAUGUGGAGAUGCUCCAAAGU